UAUUGUUUGAGUAACGAUCCUAAUAAACCAUGUCACAUAUUAACCUUUCGAGAAGUAACCAUGAUGUUGGAUUGCGGUCUUUCCAUGCAAUCAUUACUGAACUUUCUGCCCUUAUCGUUUGUACCUUCAAACAAGUUGUUCAAUCUACCUAAUUGGAUGCCCAGUGAUACCAUCGAUCCAGAUUUAGAAGGAGAGUUGAAGGAAAAUGGCGAUAAAGUGUUUGUGGAUUCCCCACCGGAAUUUUGCCCACCACUAGACAAAUUAAUAGACUUCUCGCAGGUAGAUGUGAUAUUGAUUUCGAAUUAUUUGUGUAUGAUGGCUCUACCGUUUGUAACCGAAGGUACUGGCUUUAAAGGAAGAGUGUAUGCUACAGAACCAACACUACAAUUUGGAAGGCUGCUGCUGGAAGAAAUAGUAAUUUACAUCGAGCAUUGCCCCAAAUCGGGUUUCGCGACCCAAUGGAAAAAUUUCGUCCACAAAUGUCCAUAUCCCUUGAACGAAUCCUUCAAACCGAAAUCCUGGAAGCAAAUAUACAACAUGAAGAACGUAAACGAUAGCCUAUCGAGGAUUCAAAUGGUGGGGUACAAUGAAAAAGUUGAUGUUUACGGGGCUCUUCAAGUAAUUCCAGCCAGUUCAGGAUUGUGUUUGGGUUCCGCGAAUUGGGUUAUAAGCACGGAACACGAGAAAAUCGUGUAUUUGAGCGGUUCUAGUACUUUGACCACUCAUCCCAGGCCAAUGGACCAUCAUGCUUUAAAAAACGCCGAUGUAUUAAUUAUGACUGAUCUUACUCAAACGCCUAUAAGCAAUCCAGAUUCGAUGCUGGGGGUGUUGUGUGUAGUUGUAGGAUUGACAUUAAGAGGGGGAGGUAACGUGCUCAUUCCUUGUUAUCCCACUGGAGUCGUGUACGAUUUGUUUGAAUGCCUUUCUGGUAAAAUGCAGGAACUCGGAGUAUCGAAUUGCCCGAUGUUUUUCAUAUCCCCUGUAGCCGACAUGUCUCUGGCUUAUUCCAAUAUAUUAGCCGAGUGGUUGUCGUCUGUGAAACAGAAUAAGGUUUAUGUACCGGACGAGCCCUUUCCGCAUGCUUUGCUCGUAAAAAACAACAAACUCAAACACUUCAAGCACAUAUUUUCGGACGGUUUUAGUACCGAUUUUCAAGAGCCUUGCGUGGUAUUUUGCGGACAUCCGAGUUUGAGAUUCGGCGAUGUUGUACAAUUCAUCGAGCUUUGGGGCAACAAUCCGAGGAAUUGCAUCGUCUUUACCGAGCCCGAUUACGAUUACAUCGAAGCGCUGGCUCCCUACCAGCCUCUGCAGAUCAAAGUAGCCCAUUGCGCCAUCGACACCUCGUUGAAUUUCACUCAAGCCAACAAGCUGAUCAAAGAUUUGAAGCCCAAGACGCUCGUCGUGCCCGAAUGCUACACCCAACCGCCCGUUUCGGCGCCCAAUUUAACCGAAUUAGUCAUCGGAAAUCACACGGACAGCUCCGUCAUUCCUUACAAAUGGGGCGACGUGCUGAAUUUGCCUUUGAAAAGGAAACAGGGCCAGGCGUUCAUAGACACCGCGAUCGCGCAGAAAAUCGUGCCUGUCGAGGUGAAGCCGGGUAUAAGUUUGUCUACCGUCACGGGGGCGCUUAAUGUGAAAGAUAAUGUUCAUAAUGUACAGGAAACUCGCGGGGAAUUCGUACCGAAUCAGCACGUUAAAUACGAGUGGGGCUCGUUGAAUAUAACGGAAUUUCUUCAGAAGCUCUCGCUGGAGGGUGUUACUGAUGCCAAGGUUGAAUCGCUCGGUGGGAAUGUUAUUGUUAUACAUUUGCAAGAUGAAGAUGCUCUGAUUCAACUAGAAGAUAACAGUACUCAUGUAGUGUGUAAUGCAGAUGAAAACCUUAGGACUAAGUUACGGAAUAUUGUAAUGCAAUGUUUAAAAAAGUUUUAA